AUGGAUUUAAAGAAUAAUUAUAUAGAAGAAACAAAACUUUUAAAACACUUAACAACAAAUUUAAUCAUUAAUGCGGAAAAUGAUCGAUUAUUGUUGAUUAAUUUAAAAGAUUUGAGUGAAAUUUUAGCAGCUCUACCCAAAGAAAUCGUUAAAAUCCAUUCUAAAAAUAUUUUAGGGGCAUUUUUCAUACACUUAAACCCAAAUAAGUCGUCUACAGUCAAGCCAGUUCUAAGAGAAAAUUUAAUUUUUAAUUUAGAUGUUCUCUUACAAAAAUCUGAAGUGGAUAAUGUAAAUGUGUAUAAAAAUAUUGCAGGAACAUUGUUAUUUGAAAUUUGUGAUCCAGGCAGAGAUAACACAUUAAAAGAUUGUCCAGAAGAGUACAAAUUAAUUGUGGUGAAUUGUUUUGCAAGUUUACAUGGUUCAAUCAUCGACGAAGAUAUAUACAUGUUUAUAGAUAUAGUCUUAUUUAUAGAUUUAUAUCUAUAAACAAGGCUAAUAGUUCAAUUUAAAAUUGCAUAACCUAACUUAUUAUUUGAUGGAAUGUCUUUUUAUAAAAACUAGUUUAAAAAUCUACUACACAAUUACUUCUAUAACUAUCUGAAACAAGUAAUUUGUUAAUAACAAAUUUAAAAAAGUAUUUAUUAUUUAUAUUUCAUAUUUUUUAACGCCAUCCAUCGACAAAAAUGAGAACUCGUCACAUCUAACCUAACAUUUUUUUAACCUAACCUCAAAAUAAUUUUAAUAAUUCAAAUAGUAAAUAUUUUACCUGAA